UCCCUCCCAAGUCAACUCGCAGCCAGAAUCGAAGCUGCUGCCAGCCAGCCACCUCGCCACUAAAAAAAUGUCCCAUCAACAGCAGAACCACACAAGAUCAGAGCCCUAAAUACACAGCACCCAGCUUCCUUGCAGCACAGAGCACACUCCACACUCUACAGUGCCCCAUCGCUAGCUAGCUCGCCCGUCAAGCUCUAGCAAGAUGGCCGCGGCAUGGCUCGCCGCCUUGGCCUUCGCUUUGGCGCCGCUCCUGUGCGCCUCUGAGGGGAACGGGACCGGCAUCGCGUUCGGGUACUACAACGCGACGUGCCCGGAGGCGGAGACGAUCGUGUUCAGGGAGACGGCGCGGAUCCUCCGGGCGUCGCCGGACCUGGCCGCGUCCCUGCUCCGGCUCCACUACCACGACUGCUUCGUCCAGGGCUGCGACGCCUCCGUGCUCCUCGACACCACCGACGCCGCGAACCCCACGGAGAAGGACGGCAAGCCCAACGAGAGCCUCCGCGGCUUCGACGCCGUGGCGCGCGUCAAGGACAAGCUCGAGACGGCAUGCCCCGCCACCGUAUCCUGCGCCGACCUCCUCGCCCUCAUGGCCCGCGACGCCGUCCUCCUGAGCAAGGGGCCGAGGUGGGCGGUGGCGCUGGGGCGGAGAGACGGCCGGAGCUCGAGCGCCGGCAACUGCGGCGAGCUUCCGCCGCUGUACGGGAACAUGACGGUAAUGGUGGAGGUCUUCGCCGGGAAAGGGAUGGACGCCAAGGACAUCGCCGUGCUCUCCGGCGCGCACACGCUCGGCAAGGCGCACUGCUCCUCCUUCGCCGACCGGCUCUACUCCGGCGCAAACGCCACGUGCGUCACGGACCCGGCGCUCGACGGCAGGUACGCGGCCAGGCUGCGCUUGCGGUGCCCCGGCAACAAUGGCGGCAAUGGCGGCGCGGCGGCGGAGAUGGACGCCGGGAGCUGCGGGACGUUCGACACGAGCUACUACCGGCACGUGGCGAGCAAGCGCGGGCUGCUGCAGUCGGACGCCGCGCUCAUGGAGCACCCGGUCACCGCCGCCUACGUCCGCCGCGCCGCGACCGGCAGGUAUGACGGGCAUUUCUUCAGCGACUUUGCGGAAUCCAUGGCCAAGAUGGGCGCCGUCGGCGUGCUCACCGGCGACCAGGGAGAGAUCAGGAUCAAGUGCAACCGUGUCAACUGACGACAGUGAUCCGGCUGAGCUACCGGUGCUAUUUGUUCAAGCAUGAUUAAACUGCAAUGUGAUGAUUCUGUACUGGAUUAUUUGUUUUUUUCUUCUUCUUCUUGUGGUCAAUUGGUUCUUCUCUAGGAUUAUUUGAAUAAAUUCAUUCAGUGUGUAAUGGUUUGGAUUUGUUUGUGUACACAUUGGAUGUCCAUCUUCAACCAUCGUGUUAGAACAUCUCGGAUUCCCCAAA